UGUCAGUAAAGUUGUGUAAUAUUGUCAACGAUAACAAAACUGGUGUUUCGUGAUAAAUAAGACUAGUAUUAAAUAUUAAUGGAAAGAAAUCAGUUACAUAACAUAAUUGGUUAAUUAAGUACAAAAAAAAAAUUACAAACACGUCAAACAUGAAGACAGACAUUAAUGAUCCAUGGUGUGGAAUAGUUACAUCUGGAAUCAACGAUAGCAACUCUAUUAACCACUUCGAAGAUUCUUUUGUAGAAUAUCAAUCUGAACAUACAAAACUCGCCGAUUCAGAGGAGUAUUUAGCAAAACUUUAUUCCAGACUUAGAAAUCUUGAAAAAGGAACAUCAAAGAAAGAUCUUGUAACGUCUUUAGCAGAAGUAAAAGAAGAUUAUAUUGCACGUUUAAUAACUUCUGGUCAUAGACUUGAAACAGAAGAGGAGACAGAAUUAGCUUCAAAUCCUGUAAUAAGACACAUAGUACCACAUUUACAAGCAUUAACUGCUAGCGAAUUAGUUCAUCUUUUAAAGGCAGAUGUUCUUCAAGUAGUUACUGAAAGCGAACAAAACAAGGAUAUUAUAGAAAAAUCAUUAAAAAAUAAGUAAAUUUAAAUUUAUUGAUCAAAAAAACAAA